AUGGCCAGGAGGCUGUUUUCCCGCCUACCCUCUCUCUGCACCGUCGCAAAAACCCAACUCCAAAACCACGUCGUUUCUCCCCCAACACCGACGAUAUAUUCUUCUAAUCUCACUUGCCGAUAUCCACGCCUUCUUCCUCGCCCCAAUCCAAUUUUCCAAGAUGCUCGAACGUACGCCCGCGGCAGUCGACCCCCGAGCUACGACCUCUUUGGCGGCAAAGUCCCGAACCCCAAAGAGUUCCGAGAGAAGUGGGCCCGGCAGAUGGAAGAUGAGGAGGACCAUCUCUGGACCGCCAGCGAGGACGACGACGAACACGACAAAGACCCCAACAUCCAGCUCAAGAAGGACAUAAAAAAGGCGAAGCAACGGGCCAGGGCCCGCUCCGACCCGGGGGUCGAUGCUGACGACAGCGACGAGCUCCGCAGCAUCUGGUCCUCCGACAGCGACGGCGAGAAGUCCCUAUGGACUGGCGACGAGGGGGACGACGAGGCCGAUGCCCCCACCGAUCCCAUUCCCAACGAGCGCAGCGACGAGUACAUCGACCGGCUUUUCGAGUUCGAUGAGAAACCCAAGCACCGGACGCUGGCGCAGGCAAUGAGAGACGAAGAGGAGCCAGAGGAGAUGUCCCCCGGGAAGCGUGCCCGCAAGCUGGCUGUGCAGAAUGCGCUGAGGAAGCUGAGGAAGGGGCCGGACGGGCGGUAUGUGAAUGUGUGGGAGGUGAUGAGCGAUUUGGAUGUUCUGAUUGGGGCGUUUGAGAAUAUUGUUUCGGGGCCAGAGUAUGAGGAGCUCAGGAGGGGUGGGCCCAAGAAGCUGAACAUGGAGUUCUUUAAGGACGUGCAGGCCAAGAUGAGGGACCCCAAUUACAAGUUCUCUCCCGAGCUGAAGCUGAGGCCCAAGAGCAAGGUGGUGCCGAGGAGGAAGUGGGAGAAGGCACAGUCGAGGAGGCGUAAGGCACAAAGGAGGUAG